GGAGGGUGCGGAAUUUAUUUUAUUUUUCAAAUCAAGAUUUUGUGGACGAAGUUUGUAAAAUUUGUCAUUAGCUGUUUCCUUAUCCGGGAAUCGGGCCUAGCCCCGUCAUUGGCUCGUAUAGUCACAUGGGUGACUAACUUUAUUCAGUUGACAGCAAGUAGGAGGGCUUUAUGGAACGGGAAAAAAGACAACUCGAGAAAAAUUAGUAUUUUCCACCUUCAGAAAUUAAUGACCAUGAGUUCGUUUUUGGUGAAUUCUAAAUAUGUGGAUCCCAAAUUUCCUCCUUGCGAGGAAUACUCGCAAAAUAACUACAUACCUGACCACUGCUCAGAGUAUUACAGCCAGCCGCAGGACAUUGAUUUUCAGCACCAAGGAGUCUAUCCACGGUCAAACUACAGCGGCCAGUCGUACAGCUGCAGCAACGCUCGGGGCUCUCCGGUGCAGCAGAGGGGUCAUGUGCAGGCACAGCCCGCUCCUCAGAACCACCUCUCAGCCCAGGGGGAGCCCGUUGCACCGCUCCAAGUGUCCAUAGCCCGGCCUUGCAACCAGCAGCAACACAAUACAAAGAAUCAAAACGGCACAGCAACCAAACAGCCAGCGGUGGUUUAUCCUUGGAUGAAGAAAAUCCACGUUAACACGGUGAAUCCUAAUUACACUGGAGGGGAACCCAAACGCUCACGAACUGCCUACACAAGGCAGCAGGUCUUAGAACUGGAGAAGGAGUUCCAUUUUAACAGGUAUCUGACAAGACGACGUCGUAUUGAAAUAGCCCACACGUUGUGUCUUUCCGAACGCCAGAUCAAAAUUUGGUUUCAAAACCGAAGAAUGAAGUGGAAAAAGGAUCACAAAUUGCCGAACACUAAGACCAGAUCGUCCAAUUCUUCUUCUGCUUCCAGUCAACAGUCACAAACUGUUUCCAAGGACCAACAAACAGACCUCACAAGUUUAUAGAACAACACCUCAUAAGUGGUUCUCUGUGUAUAUAAUGAGACAUUUCCAAGCAGAAAUUGCAUGUACCGAUAACAUGGCUUGUAGGUGCUUUCUUGGUGCUAUUUUUCGGGCAUUGAAGCGACCUUAUCAUAUACAGUCACCUUGUUCUUAAAUCUAGGGAAUGAGACAAAAAGGGUAAUGUUAUCUUGAGCUCCAAUAGAAACGGCUGCGACUCUAGUAAGUAGUUGUUCUUGCCAUACAACACAUCUUAGUAACCUCAGUAAGUGCAAGGUACUAGGUCAUGGAGACAUGAUGAGGUAUACGGUCCAGGAAGGUACAUGUAUAGUCUGCUAGCAUGAAAUUGAAAGGCUGCGACGCUUGCUCAUGGUCUUUUUUAUUUUAUAAUGAAGGCACAGCGAUUUGAUGUGGCAAUUUCUUAUUCCCACGGCUAUUUUGCUCGUAAUGUGUAUUUUUGCGACCCCAUCUCUUUGUGUAUAUUGUGUUGAUAUUGGAGAUUUAUAGUGAUCAGGAAUUAGACAGUGUUUUGUGGUUUCCUUAUUUAAAAUAUGAAAAUGGUAUUUGUAUUGUGCUGCUGAAUGGAUUAUUGUUACAAUGCAAGAUUGCAUACAUUUUUAUGUUCAAGAAUGAUACCAAAAUUCGUCCGCACUACUAAAGUUCGAAAAUAAAUUAGUAGUAACAAGA